AUAAUUCGCGCUUGUCCCCCUGAAAAGCUCAGUUCUCCUACGGUAUUAGGCGCGUGCGAACUGAUUUACUGUGCUGCUUUAAAUGCCAGUCACCAAGGAGCUAACACUCGAUCUGCAAGACGGAAACGAAGUUAUGACAUCUAAUGGUGAAAAUUGCAACAAUAGAAGGCCAGCGGUUACGCGAACCCUCUCUGAAAAUUACGAACUGAAAGACGUUGAAGUGCCUGGAACCCCAAAGACGCCCAGAACUUCAGCAACCCCAGGACACGAAAACUGUACAUUCCACCACGACCUAGAACUUGACCAUCGACCACCAACGAGGGAAGCCAUGCUACCCGAAAUGUCCAGAUCGUACAAAUUAUUAUUAGCCUCCCUUGGGGAGAAUCCUGAAAGACAGGGCCUUCUUAAGACACCAGAGAGAGCAGCAAAGGCAAUGCUGUUCUUCACCAAAGGAUAUGAUCAAACUGUUGAAGAGGUGCUCAACGGAGCAGUUUUUGACGAAGACACUGACGAAAUGGUGGUGGUCAAAGACAUCGAAAUGUUUUCAAUGUGUGAACACCAUUUGGUGCCUUUCUACGGCAAGGUAUCUAUCGGUUAUCUUCCGCGAGGAAAAAUCUUAGGUCUGAGUAAACUGGCAAGGAUUGUAGAAAUAUAUUCGAGAAGGCUUCAGGUGCAGGAAAGGCUAACUAAGCAGAUCGCUGUAGCGGUCACGAAGGCGGUGCAGCCAGCUGGAGUAGCCGUAGUAGUGGAAGGAAUACAUAUGUGCAUGGUGAUGAGAGGAGUUCAGAAGAUAAAUAGCAAGACAGUCACGUCUACAAUGCUUGGAGUAUUCAGGGACGAUUCGAAGACAAGAGAGGAGUUCUUGAAUCUGGUUCAUAGCAAAUAAAUAAAUAAGACAAUCAUUUACGAAAGUAAUUAGAGGUUUUCAGGAGUGUUUUAUCUUUUCAUUUGUUACAUUAAAAAUCGAGAUGCUAAUAAUUCCUUUACAAACAAAGACGUUUUUUCAAUAUUCAAGGUCGAAUAUGAAGCAUCACCGAUGACUUAAAAUUCAUAUUCGAUCAAACGACUCUUCUGAAAACUUCUGUUAUCGACGGAUAUUACUGUUGACAUUUAAGGAUAUAUAUUAUUAGAAUCAAAUGUGGACCAUCUUAAACAAAUGUUAUUGCAAAAUAAGAUAUUUAUUAUUCCAAUCACUGUUGACGUAAAAUGUAUUUAUAUUUUUGUGGAAAUAUUUACUGUAUCAAAAAUGUGUUCUCAGUGAAGAUUCUGUGAAAAUUUCUAACUGUGUGAAUUGACGAAAAUUUGUUCAUCUUUAUUCCGAAGUAUUUUUUGCUUGUAUAAGUUCUGUGAUAAUGAAGGUAAUCGUAAUUGACGAGCCCUAAAGGCUGCUAACCUUAACAGGGUUCCUAUUGUAUAUGAUUAUCGCCAGCCUGUCUUUGUCGAAAGAAUAAAAUGAGCUGCAACAGA